CUCGGAUGUGAACUGUCUCUCGGGCUGAAGGGUCCAGAGGAGAAGACACCGGAGUCUGUCCCUGUCCUCGGUGCUGUGUCCUCGGUGCUGUGUCCUCGGUGCCCGGUUAGCAUGUAGCGAGUCUGUAGCCGCCUUUUCGUAUUUUGCAAUAUGAAGAAUGGAAGAAGACGAUGUUUCUAUCCGAGAGCAGAAUUUCCACAGCCAAGUUCGAGAGUACAUCAUUUGUUUCCUCCUGUUUGCAGUCCUUUACAUCGUGUCCUACUGCAUCAUAACCAGAUACAAGAGGAAGACUGAUGACCAAGAGGAUGAAGAUGCUGUGGUCAACAGAAUCUCAUUGUACUUGUGCACCUUCACCCUGGCAGUGUCGGGUGGUGCCGUCUUCCUCCUGCCUUUCUCAAUCAUUAGUAGCGAGAUCCUUCUCUCCUUCCCCAAAAACUAUUACAUUGAGUGGCUCAAUGGCUCCCUCAUCCAUGGGCUGUGGAAUCUGGUGUCACUGUUCUCCAACCUCUGCCUCUUCGUCCUGAUGCCCUUCGCUUAUUUCUUCCUGGAGUCUGAGGGAUUUGCGGGAUCGAAAAAGGGAAUCAAGGCACGUAUUCUUGAGACCUUUGUGAUGCUCUUCCUGCUGGCUCUACUCAUCCUGGGUAUAGUGUGGGUGGCAUCCGCACUCAUUGACAAUGAUUCAGCCAGUAUGGAUUCACUCUAUGAUCUUUGGGAAUUCUACCUUCCAUACCUCUACUCCUGCAUAUCUCUAAUGGGAGGAUUGCUUUUACUCAUGAGCACUCCAGUGGGAUUGUCCAGGAUGUUCACAGUCAUGGGCCAGUUACUAGUAAAGCCAACAAUCCUGGAGGACCUGGAUGAGCAGAUUUACUGCAUCCAUUUGCAGGAGGAAGCCCUUCAGAGGAGAUUAAACGGAUCGUCCUCGUACACUUACACUUACACCCGAGGAAGCUUUACUCACCAGCUCAACAAAGAAUUGGACAAUGUCAGAAACCAAAGGAAUAAAUUAGAGAGAAGAAAGAAAGCAUCAGGUUGGGAGAAGAACUUGUUGUAUCCCAUAGUGAUGCUGAUCCUGCUCGCUGGAACGACAAUCUCAGUUAUUAUGGUGGCGCUGAACAUCCUCUACCUUCUGGUGGAUGAGACGGCCAUGCCCAAGGGAUCCACAGACCGAGGCAUCGCGACCACCUCUCUGUCCACGUUCGGCGUGGCUCAGGCGGUGCUGGAAAUCCUCCUCAUCUUCUACUUGAUGGUGUCGUCUGUGGUCGGCUUCUAUAGCCUGCGGGUCUUUGAGGGACUCACUCCCAGGAAGGAUGACACAACCAUGACAACGAUCAUUGGCUGCUGUGUGUCCAUCUUGGUCCUGAGCUCAGCCCUGCCAGUGAUGUCCAGGACUCUAGGUAUCACCAGGUUUGACCUCUUGGGAGACUUUGGGAGAUUUAACUGGCUGGGAAACUUUUACAUCGUGGUUUCGUACAACCUGUUGUUUGCAGUCGUGACAACACUUUGUCUGGUGAGGAAAUUCACCUCAGCAGUACGGGAAGAGCUCCUGAAGGCUUUAGGUUUGGAUAAAUUGCAACUGUCAAACAGCCCCACGGACCCUGAAUCUGGGAAGCUCUCGGCCAACGGGCAUCAGAAAACUCUGUGAAAGGGACGACAGAUCAACACGCGCGCACACACACACACACAAAUAUAUAUAUAGACACACACACACAAGCACACACACACCUUAGCAUAGCCAAAGGGAGAUUUCAACAGUACUGCCUGACUGCUGAAAGGUGAGAGGGAUUGGAGGGAACUUAAUAAACCCCGGCAGUGUCUGACGGAUGCUGCAAAUGGAGGCUGAGAGCAAUUUAGCUUCGUGACAUUCCAUCCUCUGCGUCUCGGAUGGAAGCUGGGACAGAGCCAGGGAUGCGACUGAGGAGCGAAAAACAGACUGGCAUCACUGCAGUGACCUUGAUGUUGACCUCAACUGCGACUGUGACUUUAAACCACCCCUCUCUUUGCUUCAGGAGGCUCCCCCACCCCCCCCCCACCCCAGCCCAUCAUUGCUACUUGGUAUUCUUCUACAACCUCCUCAAGCUGCACUAGACAAAAGCAAGAGGCUACAGCAGGUGAAACAAGGCACCUUCUGUCUAUUCUUUUUAAGUCUUACAUCUCACUUCUUUUACCUUCACCCUGCUCCUGCUCUGUAUUCAGCGUAUUCAAAUGGACCCCCCCCCCCCCAAUGUUCUAAUGUCAGUACGUCCCUGGUUGCACUUGCAGUUUCUGGUCUCUUAUCGUUGGUCUCUCGUUGCUGUGUGGACUGAUACAGGCGUGAUUACGGUGUCAAUUUGUCAUUUUUGAUUUAAACUCAAAAUGUGAAAAAUAACUAAAUGUGUUGAAGCAUGAGAAGAAGUCAAUUGUUCUGACUCAUCACAGCCGGGGGGGGGGGAA